UUACUGGGUGGUUGAACUUCGUAAUCAAUUCGGAUAGUUAAAUGUAUUAAGUCUAAAACUGUAAAGUCGUAGCGACAAGUAAUUUUUUCCAAGAUGCUCAUUUGGUUUACGAUUUUAGCCGGCAUAGCAAUUUUGCCUGUUUUCUUGAAAACAUGGUUUCCAUACUUUGGCCAAGAUUUUUCGUAUAUAAUGAAAUGUAUUGUACUUGGAAUAAGAUUGGCAAAAUACAAGAGGAAACCGUUCUAUAGUAUUUUGGACUGCUUUUUGGAUGCGGUGAAGAAACAUCCGAACAAAACUUUUAUACAUUUUGAGGGUAAAGCGCACUCAUACUCGGAGGUGGAUAAACAGAGCAACAAAGUCGCCAGAGCGCUGCAAACUCACGCCCGUCUAAAAGAGGGGGACACCGUCGCUCUGUUCUUGGGGAAUGAGCCUUGUUUUGCGUGGACAUGGCUGGGCCUGGCCAAACUGGGCUGUGCAGCAGCACUCCUGAACUUCAACAUCAGAUCAAAGUCACUCUUACAUUGUUUCUCAUGUUGCGGGGCCAAAGUGAUCAUUGCUUCGGCAGAGCUGAAGGGUGCAGUGGAUGAAGUGCUGCCUGUGUUGAGACAGCAGGGAAUCUCUGUGUACCUGCUUUCAGAGGAGUGCAGCGUAGAGGGCAUCCACGCCCUCUCAGACAACAUCUCCCAGGCCUCAGACGAGCCUCUGUCACCCGACCUGAGGUCAAAUGUCACCUUUAGAAGCGCCGCUCUAUACAUUUACACCUCUGGGACCACAGGGCUACCAAAAGCAGCCCUGGUCACUCACGAGAGGGUUUGGGCCGCAUCCUUCAUCCAAGCUGCAUCAGGAGUGACGUCAGAGGAUGUGUUCUACAUCAACCUGCCCCUCUAUCACAGCGCUGGGUUCCUCAUCGGACUGUCUGGUGCCAUUGAGAGAGGCAUAACAGUUGUACUGAGAAGAAAAUUCUCGGCCUCUCAGUUUUGGGAAGACUGCAGAAAGCACAAUAUAACAGUGAUGCAAUACAUAGGUGAAACCAUGCGCUACCUCUGCAAUACACCCAAGAAAGACAAUGAAAAGGACCACAAAGUAAGGAUUGCCAUUGGCAAUGGUGUCCGACUAGACAUUUGGUCUGAGUUUCUGAAUCGAUUUGGUGAUAUUCACGUCAGGGAAUUGUAUGCUGCCACCGAAGGAAAUAUUGGCUUUAUCAACUACACAACAAAGAUAGGUGUGGUGGGAAGGGUCAACUUUCUCCACAGGUAUUUGUUUCCCUACACUUUGAUCAAGUUUGACAUUGAGAAGGAAGAGCCUGUGAGGAAUGCUAAGGGUCUGUGCAUUAAGGCAGCCAAAGGUGAGACAGGGCUUUUGGUUGGAAAGGUGACCAAGAGAUCUCCCUUUGUUGGCUAUGCUGGGAACCAGCAGCAAACAGAGAAGAAGAGACUAAGGGACGUCCUGCAGAAAGGUGAUCUGUACUUCAACACCGGGGACUUGCUUCGUAUAGACAGUGACAGCUUUGUGUACUUCCAGGACCGAGUUGGGGACACCUUCAGGUGGAAAGGGGAGAAUGUUGCCACAACGGAGGUGGCAGAUAUUCUUACAAUGGUUAAAUGCAUCGCACAGGCUAACGUAUACGGGGUACAUGUAGAAGGCCAUGAAGGGAGGAUUGGAAUGGCAGCUGUAAUAUUAGAGGAGGGGGAAGAAUUCGACUAUGAUGGCACUUUCAAGACAGUCGCUAACUACCUCCCAGCCUACGCAAGACCACGGUUCAUAAGAAUACAGAGCUCUUUGGAGAUGACUGGAACAUUCAAGAUGAAGAAAGUGAGGUUGGUAGAGGACGGGUUCAACCCGUCUACCAUCCAAGAUCGUUUGUACUUUCUUGAUUCUGAUAAAAAAACAUAUGUUCCACUUACUGAAGAGAUAUACUCCUCAAUUGCUUCAAGGGAGAUCAAGUUGUAGUCAAAAUGUGAUUGAAAUGUACGAUAAACAGUAAAGUAAAAAAUCCUAAUUGUUGACAUGGGUAAUGAUCCAUGUAAGCUAGUUGUUUUCAUGUUCAUAACAGGGAAUGAUAAAACUGUAAUCAUGGCGACAAGUAGGAUGGCCAACUAAUCUCAGGGAUAUAUUUGAUUAUGUAACAUAAAGUAAAUACAGUAUAUGAUGGUUAUGCUUAAUAAUACAUGUUCUUUGUUUG